UGUAACCGUACACAUUCGCGUUUGUAAACGUGUUUACUUAAACAUGUUCACCUGAAGUAGUUCAGGGUCCCGUGUAACCGCGCCCUUAAUUACUUUUUUAGACCAGACUUGCUCUUUCUUCUAAUUACAAGUCUAUGCACGUUCUAUUUGUAAAUAAAUACAAUGAAGUCAUUGUGUCACAGUGUUUCAGUCAGUUAUGUUUUUCUUUAUAAUUUCCAGUUUGUUUUCUCUGAUAUCAAUCGAAAUAACACUAGUUCAGAUAAGUAUUAUCCUCAUGGGCCAUUGGUGAAGUGUGAUUUCUUACCCAUUGAAUUCCUCGAGUGUGAUGAGCCAUUAGACCACAAGGGCAAUAAGACUGCUAAGGAUGAAGCAAAUGGUUAUGGAUGUGUCAAGUUUGGUGGCUACCUGUAUGAGGACGUGGAGAAGACGAAAGUAAACUGCACUGUACUACCUGGAAUUGAAUGUCAUGGGAACCAUUCUUUUGGGCGCGGAGGAUUCCCGUGUGUCAAGUACAGCGGUCACUACUUUGCCACCACGCUCAUCUACAGCAUACUUUUGGGGUUCCUGGGCAUGGACAGGUUCUGCCUGGGUCAGACGGGCACCGCAGUGGGCAAGUUGCUGACCCUGGGCGGGGUCGGGAUAUGGUGGAUCGUCGACAUAAUUCUGCUGGUCACAAACGGGUUGCAGCCCGAAGACAACAGCAACUGGAACCCAUAUGUAUGAGCUUCCUGGUGACCAAUGGAAUCAAGUUAUCUGUGAUAUUAAUUUAAGAAUCUGAAUUUAAUAAAAAAUGAAACAAAUGUA